UUUAUAUAUAGGCCAACUAGCAUGACCCCACUACCCCCUCCCUCCCUUUGUUUCUGGAGCUUAUAAAAGACACGCAUUGCCACCUAUUCACACAUAUCAGUUCUCUUGAGAGUUUACUUUAAAGAGUCUUCAGCCAAUCCUACCCCUACCUAACACAUCAUCCAUCUCCCUCUCCAUAUUUGUUUACUAUGGCAUCUAGCUCAAUGUCUUCACGUGGGUCGGGUUCAUGGACUGCUAAACAGAACAAAGCCUUUGAGAAGGCUUUGGCUGUGUUUGACAAAGAUACCCCUGAUCGAUGGCAUAAUGUAGCCAAAGCUGUUGGUGGCAAAACAGCUGAGGAAGUGAAGCAGCAUUAUGAAGUCCUUGUGGAGGAUGUGAAGCACAUUGAAAAUGGUCGAGUUCCUUUCCCUAAUUACAGGAGAACCACCGGAGGGGGAUAGCUAAGUUAGCUUAAGGAUAAUGAAUCCAAAACGCGAUGAAGAAAAGCACGGACAUGGAGAACUAGCAACAAUAAAGAUGCAACGAUUAUCGACUUCGAUGCAAGCAGAUGUAACUAGUAAUUUGAAAUUCCUUGAUGCAAUUUUAUUUUCUGCUAUAAGUUUAGCAGAAAAGCUCUUUUUUUCUUCCUAUGCUAAUUGUAUAUGUUGAUGGAGUGAAUUCACACGUGAACUGUGAUUCAUCGCAACUUGUUCGAUCAAAUGUAUGUUGAUUAUAUUGGUUUUGAAUUAUACAAAUCGAUUUGCAAAACAUAACAUAA